AUGAUGUACACGGCCACCUUCCUCUUGAAGCCGGCAUCCAGCAGGUCCUUGAAGAUGUCCACGUCGGUGAACAUGUCCAUGACCACGGCUAUCACCUGGGAGCAUGAAGAGACCAGAGCUGUUGGGGGUGCGGCCGCGGCGACAGACACUGCACCUGGGAGAAGGCCAUGUUGCCACUGCCCCGACGCCCGCGCCGGGUGGGCGGGCGACACAGCACUCGGCAAGGUCCGGCUCCGAAUUCCGGCCCGACUCCGGCACGGCGCUCUCCGGGGCUCCACCAGCGCCUCGGCAGCUCUGUCCAUAGGGAGCCUGCGGGAGAGCCCAAGUGAACGCAGAGAUGACGUGGGCUGCGUGGUGCCAUCCGAGUGCCUUCGGGCCUGCGGGGCUGAGAUUGGCUGUUCCAACAUCGCCUACCCCAAGCUGGUCAUGGAACUGAUGCCCAUAGGUCUGCGGGGGCUGAUGAUCGCCGUGAUGAUGGCCGCGCUCAUGUCGUCGCUGACGUCCAUCUUCAACAGCAGCAGCACGCUCUUCACCAUGGACAUCUGGAGGCGCCUGAGGCCCCGCGCCGGCGAGCGGGAGCUGCUGCUGGUGGGCCGGCUGGUCAUCGUGGUGCUCAUAGGCGUGAGUGUGGCCUGGAUCCCUGUCCUGCAGGACUCCAAUAGCGGCCAGCUGUUCAUCUAUAUGCAGUCAGUGACCAGCUCCCUGGCCCCCCCGGUGACCGCCGUCUUUGUCCUGGGCAUCUUCUGGCGGCGUGCCAAUGAGCAGGGGGCCUUCUGGGGCCUCAUGGUGGGGCUGGCAGUGGGCGCCACCAGGCUGGUCCUGGAAUUCCUGCACCCCGCCCCCCCCUGCGGUGACCCGGACACGCGGCCGGCCAUCCUCGGCAGUAUCCACUACCUGCACUUUGCUGUCGUCCUCUUUGUGCUCAGUGGACUCGUGGUCGUGGCUGGGAGCCUCCUGACGGCCCCCCCCCAGGGGGUUCAGAUCGAGAACCUUACCUGGUGGACGCUGGCACAGGAUGUGCUCGUGGGAGCCAAAGCAGGUGAUGGCCAAAUACCCCGGAAGCACGCUUUCUGGGCCCGCGUGUGUGGCUUCAAUGCCAUCGUGCUCAUGUGCGUGAACAUUUUCUUCUACGCCUACUUCGCCUGACGCUGGCCCU